AUGCUGGAGAUGAGACCGCGAGGAUGGGGAGCGCAGGAUCGCGUGAUGGGAUACCUCCACCCCCUGGGAUUGCUCAAGGGCCAGGAGGUGAAGGUGCUCUACGGCAAGGUCAUCAUCCGGGAGAAGGGCAACGGCCUGGACCUGGAGAUCAAGGAUGGCAAGACGAUGGAGGACGUCGUCCAGAAGGAGUUGCUGGUGCUGCUGGAGGGUGGCAGUGGGUACCUCCUGCAGCGGAAGCUCAAUGGCAAGGUUGGGAUAAUCGCGGAGGUAAUGGUGAGCCGCUGCAACAACCGCCACAGGCGGAGGAUCAUGAAGGAAGCCGAGGAAGCAUUUCAGCUGGAGCUGAAUAGACUGAACCAAGCUGGGGGGAGCUACAGUGACGAAGCGUCCUUCCGCACGGCUCAGAGCGUGAAGGAUCCUGCGGCACCCAAGGUUGCGGCGUCCAAGAUGGUUAAAGGAAGAGAGGAAGACGGAAAGAAGGCUGCGGAAGGCCUCAGAGAAGCCACGAGCGGUGUCCCGGAACCUCCCAAGGAGACGGUCACAGGCGAGCGUGAGCAUCAAGGAGAGCCGGGGGACUCGGCAGAUCCUGGAUACCAUGCUGCCGAGGGAAGCAAAGCCUCGAGCCUGGGGGAGCUCCUCGCCUCGGAAAUGCAGAUGGUGGAGCAGAACCAGGAGAACCCGCUCUACGACUUCUGCGAGCGGGGGGGGAGUACGGAGAUGGUGAUGAAAAAGUUCAUGAAGCGCUACCUGGUGGGUGGAAGCCGGAAACGUCAAUCUGGAGGUCGUCAUGGCCGCUGGACUGGAACGUGGAGGAGUAUCGGGAAGCUCUGGGAGAAAGAUAUUGGAAGUGCAGGAGGCAUUACGGAGAGGAACGACGGCAAGAGUGGCAAAGUCGUGGGCCACGUGGUGGUCUAUGUGGACGACAUGAUGGUUUGCGGACCUGACAGUGUAGUUCAAGGAUGUUUGGACCGCAUUGCCAAGGAAUGGUCCUGUAGCCAGCCGGAGUGGGUUUGCUUGGAGAAGUGGAUUAAGUUCUGCGGCUUCGAGCUCCGAUGGGGUGAGCCAGUCCCGUUUUCCAAGCCGGAGGUGCCGGAAGGACUGAGCUACGAGAGGUGUGUCGGAGGUCGGGGCGUUGAUGGGGCGUUGCCUUUUGCCCAUGCCAUGAACCGCAUCGAGCUCUACGCUUACGCACCUGGAGGAGGUCGGAGUCACCAAGGGGUGAUGGCGUGCUAUGGGGGGUCAUUGGUGCAGUGGCUUUCUGUGAGGCAGGCGUUCACCACACUGAGUACGGCGGAAGCUGAGUUGGUCGGCUACUUGGAGGCCAUGACGAUGGGCCAGUCGGUAGCGGUGGUGUUGGGCAUCCUGGAAAAUGGGGCUUGGGACGACCUUCUUGUCGAUGUGGCCCAGCAGCAGGACUUGGUCUACAGUGACCUAGUUCAACAUGGAGAGAGACUCUACGAAGGGGAGGUUCAGGACGUGGAUGCUCCUUUGGGAGAGGAACAUGAGAAGAAGCAGCUACUGGCGGAAGAUCGUGAAGGAGCGGGUGUUCAUUGCGACGAUGAUCGAAAAAGGGCUCAAGCCGGUCAAGACUCAAGUAUUGGCGGAGGCGGUGACUUCGUGGUGUACGGAGACAACUCGAGCGCUAUUACGAUUAUUGGGAGUGCUGACGGGCCAUGGCGUACCCGUCAUCUUCGCCUACGUGCCGAAGUGCUUCGAGAAAAGGUGAAAGGAGGACGAUGGGCCGUGCGGCAUCUACCGGGCACGCGACUGGUUGCGGACCAUCUCACGAAAGCCAUGACGGCCAAGGCUCAGUGGCCCAAGUUCUACGAGCUAGCCGGGAUGGUCAAGGUGGACGUGGAGAAGGUGGAGGCGUCAUCAACGGAAUGGCGGUCGACUGAGAACGUGAACAAGCUGAAAUUGGCAGGACUGGGCCUGAUCAUGGGCAAGGUGGCAAGUUGGACCCCGGAGAACUGCCAGGAAAAGGAGGCUAAGACCCUCUGCCUAGCAGCUCUAGGAGUAGGUGUAGCUUAUGUGGCCACCCUGAUCACUCGGGGCCAUUGCGGGGCGGAGCUGUUAAAAAGGGUGGAGAACCUAUCGGUUGAGGAGGAGCCGGAGGACUUCUGGGACGUCCAGACCGGGGAAGCAAUGGUCGUUUUGACGUUGGAACAGAGGCGGCAGACAAGCGUGGUGUAUGAGGACGUCAACAUGGGGAGAAGGCUCAUCAAUGACCAGUGGACUGAGGAUAACUUCAGGUUCGGCCCCGUCUACAAGCGCUGCGAGCUCCGGAAGUUUGUAUUCUGUCAUCUGGGGAACAACCACCGCGGCUACUCGACGGAGGAGCGAGAAGAUCACUGGGAGGUGGAAUUCCGGGAAGACGGUUUGGUGGUGGCUACGAGGGUGCACGAGGUGGAGAGGAUUCGAUCCUAUCAGCCCGAGCGUAGAGAUCUGCCGGCCGGCCUAUUUCUGGAGGACUUUGAGGACAGGAGAGAAUCGUUCAUCAACCCGGUGGAUCAUCGCGAGGAGGUUCGACGUGGGGUAUGGACCCAGAUCGUUGAAGACAACUGGAGACGGGACGUUUGGCUACGAGAAGGCUGGGUUGGAAGUUCGCGAUUCUGGGUGAGGCCGAGGAGGCGGAUUGUGGUGCUUCAGUCAGGUCGACCCCUCACGGACCAGGAGAGGCAGGACGAGAUGGAUGAAGAUGGAGCCGGAGAGUCGGGAACCUCUGGGCCGUCGGCAUCAUCGGCAACUGCGGCCUCGUCGGGAUCAACAAUCAGGGCGGCGAGCGCAACGGCUGGUGGAGAUCAGAAGAGACCCAGGAACACCAAGAGGACAUGGAGGCCCAGUGGAGUGGAGUCCGGAGCAAUCAUCGGGGGCCUCACGAAGGGAGCAAUAGUCCUGAUGGUGUUCUUCGGCAUGAUCAACGGAGCGGGAGCUCAAGGCCAGGAUAUGCUGGAGGAGGAUUCGCUGUUGGUAUGGAUGAUGAUCGCCACGGCUCUUAUGGCGAUUGGAUUUUGGGAACUUUUGAGGAGGUACUUCAAGAACAUGGCGGAGCAGUCUUGGAGGAGGCACUACUUCCUGGAACGGAGGGAAGAGGUAGAACGAGGAGCCCAUUCCGCCUAUGCCGCUGGCUAUGUGGCCUCAUGGAGAUGCCUCGGAACCUGGCAGCGGCUCUGGCCAGGGAAGUCAAGAAGGAGGAUCAUCGUCAAGUGCGAUGCGAAGGGCGAGUGCAGCGGGGAGGGGGACACCAUCCUGGAGAUCAGCAAGCACAAGGGCAAGACCUACUUUCAGAUCGCCUGCGAACACCCAGACUUCGUUCGCUGGGCGGUGAGAACCGCGAGGUCCCAAGAAGUGGACUCUCGACUAGCCCACUUCGUAGAGUGGGCCACGGGAUCACGUUAG